AUGUCCCGUCACCACCCCGAUCUCGUAAUGUGCCGCAAGCAGACCGGUAUCGCCAUCGGCCGCCUCUGCGAUAAAUGUGACGGCAAAUGCCCCGUCUGCGACUCCUACGUGCGACCUACCACUCUCGUACGUAUUUGCGACGAGUGCUCGUUCGGCAACUAUCAAAAUAAGUGCAUCGUGUGCGGUGGCGAAGGCAUCAGUGACGCAUUUUAUUGCUUCGAGUGUACUCGCUUGGAGAAGGAUCGCGAUGGGUGCCCGAAGAUUAUCAAUUUGGGUAGCUCUAGGACGGACUUGUUCUUCCAACGGAAACAGCAUCGGGCGGGGGUAUCUUGA